AUGGAGUCGAAGAGUCCAAAUAACGAGGAUUCCUUACCUUUGGAGACGCUGCAAGCAGCGCACGAAGAGAAUGAAGCUCGAUUGCAUUCGCCUAUAGCUCAGUACCCCAUCGAGCAGCCUACUACAUGUAGCGCAAUGCAGAGAGAUGACGACAGUGAGUCAGCAAGAUCCCGCAAGAAGCAGAAGGUAGACUCGAGUGACUACCAAGCUCAGAUUGACCAGUUACAGCAGGAAAUCGCGGAAGUAAAAGAGCGACUAGCGUCCCCACCGCAGAACUGCUCGAGCUCGGUCCAUGACCUUGGCAAACGCUGUAUCGAGGCCAAACAGACUGUGGCCACUAUGAAACGGAAACUGGCGGAACAUUCGCACUGGCUACAACGAGUUAGCAGUUUGAUGGAGACAGCACCGCUGUUCGACUUUGUAUCAUCCCGUGCCGAGCAGAAAGAAUCGUGUUUGCAACAGAGUCUGGACGCUCUACCCGAAUGGCGUGGAGAAGUCAAGGAGCGUUCACAUCCUCGUUUGAUUCUGGAUGAACGUCUGCGUGCAGCUGUGACGGUUUGUCGAGAGAACGCGUCAAAGCUCUUGCAUGAGGCCAUGGAAGGCUCCCCGUCUUUCCACUUGUCACUACAUUUCGAGUCUCACGGGUGGGAGAUCGCAACGGGGAUCCUUAUAAACGACCACAUCAGCUUUACCUGUCAUCGCGUGCUUCCUUCGGGAGUGACCAACAAGGCGAAAGAAGUCGCAAUGGCACUUUGGAACUCUCUGGAGCGUGAUGAGAUCUUCCGAACUUUCGUGCCGCUUGUACAAGACUCGAUCAUCACGCAUCAAGAGACGGACUGCUCGCUAACGUGUCGAAUGCUUCUGCUCUCACAAGAUUUGAACCAACAAGCAGUGGCGACUGUCGAAACCGUCAGUGCAACCCACGAAGAAGACGGACCGUGGCAGAUUUCCAUGGAGGCCGUGCACGAUCACUACCUGUGCACAUUCGCGGCAGACGCGUCAAGCGACUCUGUGAACCAGAACUCGUCUCCCUCUGUGAAACUUGACCUCGGACUUCAAAUGAGCAAGCUGAAUAUGCACAACAACUUCGUGGUGGCCGCACGCGUGACCAAGACAGAGGAGGGGGUGGACAUCUUUCUUGUCGGCUCUGCAUGCUUCGACCUCCCGUGCUAUCGAGACCCAACGUUCGACCUGCUUCAGCACUUUGUGUCGCACAUGCCAGUGUUCGAAGACCUCCACUUAACUCCACUCGGCGAGUCUCAAGACGGUGUUUUGUAA